CGUCCGACGAUGCCGUCGUACGAUUACGAUGAGAUAUCAGUGCUUGCGGAGCGCUCGCGUGAGUGAGACAUCGUAAUUUUUCAUCUCCUCGUACGCAUAAAUACUUACGGCGACCAUGAGCGAGCAUCAGUCGAAGAAAACCAAGACCAUGAGUUCGUUGAGCCAGCUAAAGGACUUCACCACGGUGGUCGCCGACACCGGUGACUUUCAAGCUAUGGAGCAAUUUAAGCCCACAGACGCAACGACAAAUCCCUCAUUGAUUCUCGCUGCCGCUAAUCAAAAGAAGUAUGCCCAUUUAAUCGAGAAAGCCGCGGAAUACGGCAAAAAGUCCGGGUCUACUUUGGCCGAGCAAGUUGAAGCAGCUCUUGAUAUCACGUGUGUUUUGUUCGGCAAGGAGAUCUUAAAUAUAAUUCCCGGGAGAGUCUCCACAGAAGUAGACGCCAGAUUGUCCUUCAAUAAGGAAGCCAGUAUUGAAAAAGCGAAAAGAUUGAUUGCUCUGUAUGAAGGGCUUGGAGUAAGCAAGGAACGCAUUCUGAUCAAGCUUGCGUCGACCUGGGAAGGCAUCCAAGCGGCAAAGGAAUUGGAGGAAAAAUAUGGAAUUCACUGCAAUCUUACGUUAUUAUUCUCCUUUGCUCAGGCUGUUGCUUGCGCAGAGGCUGGAGUUACUCUUAUUUCGCCGUUUGUUGGUAGAAUCCUGGACUGGUACGUGGCAAAUGAAGAUAAAAAAACUUAUGAAGCAAAAGAGGAUCCAGGUGUCGUUUCUGUAACGCAAAUCUACAAUUAUUAUAAGAAGUUCGAUUAUAAGACGGUUGUGAUGGGUGCCUCGUUCAGAAACGUCGGUGAAAUUAAGGAACUCGCCGGAUGUGAUUUGCUUACCAUAAGUCCUAAGUUAUUGGAAGAAUUAGAGGAGAGUAACGAACCCAUACGCAAAAUGCUAAACGUGGAAUCGGCGAAGAAGUGUGAUCUUCAAAAGAUUAGCCUGGAUGAGGCUGAAUUUAGAUGGCUUUUAAAUGAAAAUCAAAUGGCGACCGAUAAGUUGUGUGAAGGCAUUCGCAAAUUUGCCGUCGAUGUGCGCAAGCUUGAAAAGUUACUGCUGGAAAAGAUUCGUGGUUAAAUCGACAGAGUUUUAAAAUAACAGUAGAGUUCGACGAUGCAUUUAAAUGGUGCAUUAUGUACAGCGGCAUAAUAAUUUACAAGGAAAUAAUAUUGAAUGGACAAACCACA